AUGCUGCCGCACGCGCCAUCCCGAACCCCGGGGGCCUUCAGGUUCAAACCGCAACUCCCCACCAAGCCGCCGCUCCUCACCUCUUCCUCUACCCCCACCCCCGCGGCCGCCUCCACGCGCGGCCGCCUCUGCGCCGCCACACGCCGGGACCUCCUCGUCCUCGUCCCCUCGCUAGUCGCGGCGUCCACCGUCCUCCAGUCCCUUCCCCUCGCCGCCUCCGCCGCGGCAGGCGAUGACAAGCCGGCCCCACCGCCGCCGGCGCCAGCGCAGGCGGCCCCCGCCGCUCCGGCCUCGCCUCCACCUCCAGCGGAGGAGCCGGCGCUGUCGAGGGUCUACGACGCCACGGUCAUCGGGGAGCCCCAGGCCGUGGGGAAGGACGCGCGGCGGAGGGUGUGGGAGAAGCUGAUGGCGGCCCGGGUGGUGUACCUGGGCGAGGCCGAGCUCGUGCCCGACCGCGACGACAGGGUGCUCGAGCUCGAGAUCGUCAGGAAGCUCGCGGCCGCCUGCGCCGAGGGCGGGAGGAGCAUCUCCCUCGCGCUCGAGGCCUUUCCCUGCGACCUCCAGGAGCAGCUCAACCAGUUCAUGGAUGGCAGAAUUGAUGGCAAUAGCUUAAGACUUUAUACAUCUCACUGGGCACCAGAGCGAUGGCAGGAGUAUGAACCACUUUUGAAUUACUGCCAUGAUAAUGGAAUAAAGCUUGUUGCCUGUGGAACUCCACUUGAGGUGGUAAGAACUGUGCAAGCGGAAGGAAUUAGAGGCCUUUCAAAAGCUCAAAGAAAGCUUUAUGCUCCUCCAGCUGGCUCAGGCUUCAUUUCUGGUUUUACAUCCAUCUCAGGCCGAUCAUUGAUAGACAAAAUUUCAUCAACUCGUGGUUUCCCUUUUGGCCCAAGCUCAUAUUUAUCAGCACAGGCAAGAGUAGUUGAUGAUUAUACCAUGUCCCAGACAAUAAUGAAAGAAAUUACUAAUGGAGAUCCUUCAGGGAUGCUUCUUGUUGUAACUGGUGCGAGUCAUGUUAUGUAUGGACCACGAGGAAUUGGUGUUCCUGCUAGGAUAUCUAAAAAGAUGCAAAAGAAAAAACAAGUUGUGGUACUCCUUGAUCCUGAGAGACAAAGUAUAAGGAGAGAAGGUGAAAUCCCUGUAGCUGAUUUCUUAUGGUACUCUGCUGCCAAGCCAUGCAGUCGGAAUUGCUUUGAUCGUGCUGAAAUUGCUAGAGUUAUGAAUGCUGCUGGCAGGAGACGUGAAGCUUUACCUCAGGAUCUUCAGAAAGGAAUAGAUCUUGGUGUAGUUUCUCCUGAGAUAUUGCAGAACUUUUUUGACCUUGAGAAAUACCCUGUUAUGGCGGAACUGAUUCACCGUUUCCAAGGUUUCCGUGAAAGGUUGCUAGCAGAUCCCAAGUUUCUGCAUAGAUUAGCUAUUGAAGAGGGUAUAUCAAUAACUACCACUCUUCUAGCACAAUAUGAAAAACGAAAAGGACGUUUUUUCGAAGAGAUCGACUAUGUUCUCACUGAUACAAUUAGGGGUUCUGUUGUUGACUUCUUUACAGUGUGGCUUCCUGCACCUACAAUUUCACUCUUAUCUUUUGCCGACGAUGGCUCUGGUGAGAGUGUGGAGCUUUUGAAAGGAAUUUUAGGAUCAGUGCCAGAUAAUGCAUUUCAAAAGGGUAUUGUUGGGCAGAAUUGGAACAUUAACCAGAGGUUUGCAUCGGUGCUUAUGGGUGGUCUAAAACUUGCUGGCGUUGGAUUCAUUUCUAGUAUUGGAGCUGGAGUUGCUUCAGAUGUCUUAUAUGGUGCCCGUCAGAUUCUUAAACCUUCUGCAAGUAUGGAAGUGGGGCGCAAAAGAACUCCGAUCUGGAAAGCAGCAACUGUUUAUAGUUGCUUCCUUGGAACAUCAGCAAACCUGCGAUAUCAGGUCAUAGCUGGUCUGAUUGAGCAUCGGCUAGGAGAGGAUCUGAUGGCCUACUAUAACCAGCCACUUCUUGCUAACCUGGUGUCCUUUGUUUCAAGGACAGUUAACUCAUACUGGGGAACACAGCAAUGGAUCGAUCUUGCACGAGCUACAGGCGUGCAAAGUACUAAGAAAGAGCUGCCUUCUCCUGAGGUUUCGAGUGCAUCUGAAAUGCCACUGCUAGAAUGUGGCACGACAGAAGUACAGAACGUGGACGACAGCAGUAAUAACCAACCAAAUGACUUGACAUAG